AUGGACCUGGCGUCGGCGUUGAGUGGGCCUGGUGCCUACGACGGCACGAUUGCGUGGUACAAGAACACGGACGGGGCGAGGAGAUUUGGGUCGCAGCGAGUGGUGAGCACUGCAGCGUACCGUGCGCGGUCUGUGAUUGCGGCUGACAUAGAUGGAGAUGGCGAUCUGGACUUGGCAUCGGCGUCGUCGGGGCGAAACGACAAGAUUGCGUGGUAUGAGAACACUGACGGGGCCGGAACCUUUGGGCCACAGCAGGUGGUGAGCACAACAGCGCUCGGUGCGUCGUGCGUGAUCGCGGCUGACAUGGAUGGAGAUGGCGAUCUGGACCUGGCGUCGGCGUCGGCGGGCGACAACAAGAUUGCGUGGUACGAGAACACCGACGGGGCCGGGAGCUUCGAGCCACAGCAAGUGGUGAGCACUGCAGCGCGCGGUGCGGCGUCUGUGAUUGCGGCUGACAUGGAUGGAGAUGGAGACCUCGACCUGGCGUCUGCGUCACGCAUCGACAACAAGAUUGCCUGGUACGAGAACACCGAUGGGGCCGGGAGCUUUGGGCCGCAGCAAGUGGUGAGCACUGCAGCGCGCGGUGCGUCGUCUGUGAUUGCGGCUGACAUGGAUGGAGAUGGCGAUCUGGACCUGGCAUCGGUGUCGUGGGGCGACGACAAGAUUGCGUUGUACGAGAACACUGAUGCAGCUGGGAGUUUUGGGCCACAGCAAGUGGUGAGCACGGCAGCGGACGGUGCGCGAUUUGUGAUUGCGGCUGACAUGGAUGGAGAUGGCGAUCUUGACCUGGUCUCGGCGUCCUCGUCUAAGAUUUUCUGGUAUGGAAGCGUUACCGCCCCUCGCGUAUUUGCUGCUCCACAGAUAGUAGACCCUCGGCGCUGGUCAUCUGUCACUCCUGCCGACAUCGACGGAGAUGGCCGUCUUGAUUUGGUCGCCGCGUCUGCCGCCAACGGCACCAUUGUUUGGUACGACAACACCGACGAGCCGGCCUCCUUUGCUCUUGCCCAGGUGGUGAGCUCGGCCGCGUUUGGCGUUCAGGUCGUCAUUGUUGCCGACAUCGAUGCUGAUGGAGAUCUUGACAUUGUGGCCGCCUCAACGUCGGAGAGCACCAUCGCUUGGUACCCAAACUCAAACGGUCUCGGCACGUUUGGCUCCGCGCAAGUGGUCACUACUGCCGCCCUUGGCGUCCGCUGCAUCAUUGCCGCCGACAUCAAUGGCGAUGGCCGCAUCGACUUGGCAUACUGCUCACCCGCCGACAACGUCAUCGCGUGGCUCCCUAACACGAACGAUGUCGUCAUGUUUGGCUCUGUGCAAGUGAUUACCGACUCCGCUCCCGAUGUCUGCUCCAUCGCCGCCGCCGACAUUAACGCCGACGGGCGUAUCGACCUGGCAUUUGCCUCGCCUUUGGACGGCACUGUUGCCUGGCACGCCAACAACGACAGCCUCGGUACUUUUCGCCCCAAGCAAGUGAUCAGCAGUACCUUGGUAGGAGCUUCCUUGGUGGUCGCCGCCGACAUCGACGCCGACAGUCGCGUCGACCUAGUGGCGGCUUCAUCUUCGAGCAAUGUCAUCGUCUGGUACCGCAAUCGCGACGGUCUUGGAGGGUUUGGAUCACAGCGUUUGAUAAGCAGAUUCGCCAAUGGUGUCGUGUCCGUUAUUGUUGUGGACGUUGAUGGCGACAGCGAUCUCGAUGUGGUUGCCGCGUUGUCUUCUGAUAAUUCUGCCAGUUGGUUCGAGAACGCUGGCCGUGGAUCGUUUGCGAGGCCCCGGGUGGUGGCCGCAGGCGUUGAAGACGUCGCUUUAGUCACAGCCGGCGACCUCGAUGCUGAUGGCGACCUUGAUGUUGUGGUGACGUCGAGUAGUCUUACAUGGUGCUCGCAGCUUUCGCGUGAUGCCCUUCGCCGCUACCCAGAGCAGCGUGCCGAACUCGGGGGAUCCUCUCUAUACGCUUGUCGCUCGAGUUCGAUGACCACCGACUGCAUUGCUGCAUCUGUUCGGGCCGUUCCGCCGUGUUCGAUCGUCACUCUCAACCUUCCGGCAGGUACCUACAUCUGCUCCUCAGGCACAGUCGAGCUGAGAACUGGAGUGCGCCUUGUCUCAUCAGGCGAUGUUGUCUUUGACUGUAGCGCUGCAGACAAUCGGCUUUUCUCCGUUGGUACGCCGUCCGGUUUCCUCGAGCUAUCCAACGCAACCAUUGAUUUCAGCGGCAAGUCGGCAUUGGUAGCUUUUGGUGGGGGCCUGAUGGUUGAGUCUGGCGGGCACGUCCACCUGUCGAACGUCACGCUCUCCAACUGUGCCUCCUCCACGCACGGCGGUGCUAUCGGAGUCCGUGGUCUUGGAUCGUUGUUGACAAUGACUGGGGCUCGUCUCCUGGGCUCGCAGGCCUCGAGUCGGGGUGGUGCGCUGGCAGUGUUUGGCCAUGCUUUUGCAGAAAUCGAGGCCACGACGUUUAUCGACAACAAGGCUCGCGCUGGCGGCGGGCUCUUCGUCGAUUCCACCGCCGACGUGACCUGCACGAGCUGUGUUUUUACAGGUAACUCGGCUGUUGAGUCAGGUGGUGCUGCUCUUAUCCGACCUGAAGCAACAGUCGUCCUCGACGCGAACGUGAUGGUCAACAACUCGGCCCAUGUCGGUGGCGCUGUUGCCGUCCUCGGCGAAGAUUACGACCGCGACCCCCUCGUCUCGUCCACUGCACAUCUCCGCACCAGUACACUCGAUCCGCGCACCCUCGCUCCGACUGCUACGUUUACCAAUGCGAUCCUGCGAAGCAACCGCGCGUACCGUGGCGGUGCCAUCUAUGCCUGCGAUGCUGUCCUUUCCAUCACCGGUGCCAGCACCUUCUGGUCUGACAACACCGCCUCUGUCUCGGACGGCAUUGAUGCAACAGCGGCUGAUGUAUUCCUCUGCCUCCCAGAUAGCAGUCUCGGGUUUCCGUUUGAUCGGACAAACGUGUCCGGCAUCCCGUGGCUUUCGUUGGACCCGUCUGUACUUACACAGCUCACAAUCGCCGCCAUCUCGACAGCUCCCGCAGAGCUGGAGCUGGUUUCGAGUCCCCCGACAACAGUUCCUGUUGGUGAGCAGCUGCGUGGCGGCAGCGCCGCUCUCCGCGAUGCUUUUGGCAGUCGAGUCACCUAUCUCGAUGUAGAUCUCCGCCUCGAAAUUGACCCAACACCCAACCUCGUGGUCACUACCUCUAUGGACAUACCCUUUUCGGACACCGUAACUGAGUUCAACAGCUCGCCGCUGACCAUCGUUAACGGAGCCAGCAAGCUCCCAGUUGCGCCUUGGACAAUCAGCAUUCCAGCGCCUUUGGCAGCAUACCAGAUCAGCCGUAUUUCGGGUAAGGCAACUCUUGUACCUGCCGACUGCGGCCCAGGAACGUACAGGACCUCCGGUGAUAUUUGCAUCCCCUGCCCGUCCGCUCAGUACUCGACCACCACCAACGCCGCCAACUGCACCCACUGCCCAACCCGCACGACCUCGCCCAAGGGCACCGCCGAUCCGGGAGCCUGCACCUGUGUCCCGGAGUCCUACGCCCUGACCCAUCCGGUCUCGCCCGCCACUGGCUGCACGCUGUGCCCGACGGGCGCGGUCUGCACGGGCACAACCUCGCUCCCACGGUCCGCUCCUGGCUUUUACUCGUCGUCGUCGCCGAUCGAGUUCAUCGCCUGCACCAGGUCGCCCACCGUCGCCGCGCGUCGGUGUCUGGGCGACGACGCCUGUGCACCUGGCCGCGACGGGCGGCUAUGCUCGCACUGCGCGGCGCGACACUACUCAUCGUCCGACGGUGAGUGCAGGGUCUGUCCUGCGGUGACCGGCCCGGGCCCGGUUGUGGUCACCGCCCUCAUCUCGGUCGGCUUUGCACUGCUGCUCUUCCUCAUCGCGUUGGUGGUACUCGAGAUCGGCUUGCUCUUGGCCCUUGUCCUUGUCGGUCUCUGCGAGACGUUCGAAGUCGUGGUCCUCGGCCUUGGUCUCUCGGCCAUGAUCGCCUACCUUGUGGUCGACCGCAUUCGCACUGCCCGCGCCUCCACUGCCGCCAGUCAACGCAAGCGCGCACUCAUGCCCGCAAUUGAUCUUGAUGACGUCUCUGUCGGCGCAACCUACACCCUCUACCGCUCAUCGUCGUCGUCGACAGACGAAGGGGAAGACGACGGCGUGGGCUUGGGUAUGGGGACAGCUGCGGGGAUGUCCGCACCCAAGGCCGGGACCGGAUCCGAGGUGCACCUGCUUGAGGCUGCCAUCAAGACUCUGGUCGUCCAUCUGCAGACUCUGGCUGCGCUCGUGGGCGUGUACGACCAGGUGGCGUGGUCCAAGUCGAUGGAGGUGGUGGGCGCGCUAGUGUCGCGAACGACACUGCAGGUGACCGGGCUCGAGUGCAACGGCAUCGACUUUGCCGGCGAGUAUUAUCUCUUUCUAGCGCUGCUACCUAUACUCCUGGUGGCAUUGGGUGCUGCCACCGUCAUUGUCCGGGUCCUGCUUGCGUCGGCCGGGAGCAACAGUGAGGGCGUGGUCAUGGCAGGCGUGGCUCGGUCUAGGCGCAACGUCUCGCACCCGCGCGCAUCGUACCUCGCCUCGGCGCCGUGGAUGGCGUGCUGGCGCGGGCGCCAUCUAGAGCUUGUGGUUGUCGCCGGCGUUGUGCUUGCCGCGAUUGCGUGCACAGUAGCGUUUGUCGCAACUCGGAUGUGGUAUGCCAUCAACGGCGCGGGGACCACGUCUGCUUACGCUUUUCUCUACACAGGCUUUACUGCUCAGGCGUGGUGGUUCGAGGGCGUGGUGCUCGGUCGUCGGUUCGGAGUGGCUGUCUUUGUCUCGAUCCUGCCGCGCGGCUCGGUGUUUGUGGGACCGAUGCUCCAGUGUGUGCUGUUGGCGUACCUGCUGGCCUUGGUCCUUAUUCGGCCGUAUCGGGCGGGGCUGGCGCUUCAACUGGAAAUCGGGGCGGCGGUGAUGGCACUUGUGUCGCUCAUGCUCGUGUCGAGCAUGGCUGAGACGGGCGAGACAUCGUCACUGGCGCUGAUGACGCUCAUGUUUAUUGUCGGCAACGGAUGCGUGGUAGUUGUCGGGGUCACCACGCUCCUCGUGCCGGCCAUCAAAGCGCUUCGCGCCCUGUAA